AGUGCAAGGCCUAAUGACAUUUUACUACAUUAAUUAGUUUAUAAAGGAACAGAAAAUUGUUUUUGAGGAUGGGGGAUCUGAGCAUUAUUUUUUUUUGGUGGGGGUGUACUCUUUACUGAUACUUUAGGAACAAUAACCUAGAAGGUUUCAUUACAGUAAAAUUUUCUCUGGAGAAUUUCAUGAAGUGUACAUUUAUGCAUCAAGAUGAAAGUCACUGAAAAUCAGUAUGAUAAAUCUAUCACAGAAGGAUAUGAUUAUGACAGUAUAACCAAUGACAUCUCUGACAUCUGUAUCAAGAAAAAUGCCAUCCAGUUUGCGACAGCCAUCACUCCAAUCAUUUUCCUCAUCAUCGUUCUGUUCAGCUGUGUGGGAAACACUCUGGUCAUCUGGGUCCUUGUGAAGUAUGAAAAUCUGAAGUCCCUCACCAACACAUUUCUGUUAAAUCUGGCUCUCUCUGAUCUGAUUUUCACCUUUGGCCUGCCGUUCUGGGCCUACUACUACAUGUAUGGCUGGACUCUUGGAGAUCCUGCUUGCAAAGCAGUUAACUUUGUGUUCUACACGGGAUAUUACAGCAGCAUCAUCUUCCUGACGGUUUUGACCAUCCACCGCUACAUGGCCGUGGUUCAUCCCAUGUCGGUGGUCAUGUCUAGGAAGAGCGUGCACUGCUAUGUGACAGCAAUUCUCAUCUGGAUCAUCAGUCUUUGUGCUGCUAUCCCACAAGCCAGGUUCAACUCAGUUGUGUACAACAAUGCUGAUGAAUUCAUGGAUGCUCAAAACAACAGCACCACUGCAGUUCUGCUCUGUGAUUUUGCUGGUCAAAUUAAUUGGAAAUUGUCAAGUAUAUACAUGCAAAAUUGCUUUUUCAUUAUUGCUUUUGUGAUCUUUGCUUUUUGCUACACUGUAAUCUUGGGACGGCUGCUUCGACCAACAUCUCACACUCGUAAAAAGACGGUGCAGCUCAUCCUCUUCAUUGUGGUGUUUUUCUUCUUGGGAUGGGGGCCGUACAAUGUGGCCAUAUUUCUGGACUCUCUGAUUUCAUGGAAUAUCUCUCCUUUUACUGAUUGUGAGCUGAGUAAAUCUAUAGACUAUUUGAUGUAUGUCUCUCGGAUGGUGGCUUUCUCACACUGCUGCCUGAACCCUGUGUUUUAUGUUUUUAUGGGGAUAAAAUUCAGAAACCACUUGAAGAAAAUGUUAUUUACUUACUGUAAGAACAACACAGAAACCCAGAAUCGACACAGCAGGCUUAUUUACUCCAAUGGUGAAGAAAUAUCUAUGUAUUAGGUCUAUACACUUAAAACACACACACACACACACACACACACACACACACACACACACACACAAACACACACACACAACAACCCUAGGUUGUAACAUUACAUGCACUGAUUUUUGUUUAAAAAAAAAUGAAUGCAGUGUUAAAGUGUCUGUACGAUAAACUGAUCACUGAAAUUGCAUGUAAAAAGCUCUAAAAAUC